AUGAUUGAGGACGAUUUUGAACGCUUCUGCCGCAUCGGCAAGGGUUACCAUUCUCCAAAUCUCCAUGCGCAAAGGCUUCAGUCUGCUCAGGAAACCUAUGACCAGCAGGAACAGCAAAGCUCCGGCGGACGACAUGAUUUCCUCACAGCACCACAAUCUAUCUCCCGUUAUCGAUCAAGCAGUCUUCGCGAGAAUCCUCGACGAAGUCCCUAUCAUGGCAGCCCGCGCAGUAGCCUGACACAACGACGUGAAGUCGCUCUAGUGGGCAUGCACUCGCCAGGCGGACAGCUCUCCCUAAGCACAGACCUACCCGGUAGUUCCAGGCGUCAUUCCCUGGCUCCUACAUUCAAGAACACAGAACGUCAACCUCUACAAGGCUCACCUUAUUCACGCAGCUCAGUACACCAGUUUGAUCCUGCACUGGAAACAACCAAUGAAGAGCCGGUGACGAGAGCACGUCACUCAAGUGACCGAACACACCUUGAUCGGACUGGCUCCGCCCGCAGUACAGCCGAAGUAGAAAACAUCAGUAGCAGACAUUCCAGCGGGGCAGGAACGCACGCACAUCGGAAGAUCAGCGCUUCUGUUGGAUUAACAAUUCCAGGUGUGCCACCGAUCCAAGUCUUCUCGGAGGACAGUCCAGAAACUUCCAUGAACGUGGUUCGUGUGCGGUCAUUUCGUCGCACCAAGAACGGUGUUGUGAGUCAGGGUGAUAGCGAUGUCUUCUACCGACCGGCAAAUGAGGCUUGCAACUGUAGACACUCCUUCAGCUGUGGUUCGGAGUUGAUGGCGGCUGAAACAGCAGGGGGCAGUAGAGAGGCAAACAAUGCGACAGAAGCUAACUCUUCUGAGGAGCAGUCCCCACAAACAACAACAACGAGACGCAAAUCACGGCACGGUAGUGCUCACGAACGUCCAAGGAAGAAGUUAAGUCAUCAGGACAUGUACAUGUUGGACAAAGUGGAGGCCGCAAGGACAAUACGUCGCAAGUCCCUAACCCCGACUUGGAACUGUUCUGACCACUCGGACACCGAAAGCGCGGUGAAAAUGAGUCCGCAGACGUACACUGUCCAGGUACUUGGUGCAGUCCAGGUUGGAAAAACUACUAUGUGCACACAGUUCAUGACCUCGGAAACUCUGGAUGAGUCGGCUGACUAUGGUAAGAUUUGUGCCGACUAUGCGGUUAAUACUGUAUCGCAACUCCAUCUUUACUAGCACGUAUGCAGCCAAACGAGCGUAUCGUUUUCACUGUUCAUAUAGUUGGAGGUCAUUUGCACGUCAGCUGAUGUAGGACAUAGAUACGUUGUUCCUUGUUCUUAGGGGAUUACGGACAUUCAGAACAGAAAUACUUUUAGUAAACGAAGUAUUCGUCCGACGGAUUACGAUUAACUAGGACUCUGUAAAAUUCCUCCGAGGGACUGCGUAGCUUCGAACCAUCAUCAGAGUAGUUAUCAGGCGCACAUAUGUGUUUCCUACGAAGCCGGACUACUGACGAUCGCAAAGCAAUCGUGACGUUAUGCAACCCCGUGCUUUUUUUGGUUACCAUAAUUGAAACACAUUAAUUUUGCACCACCAAACAUGGUGGAGCAGCUUUUUUGCCAUAAAUGCAAAACGUGGCAAUAGUGGAACCUCGGUUUUGAUCUUUCAUAGUAAUGCCUACUUAAAUCAACACUCAAUACAUCUUACGUUUAAAGUCCGUUGUGAAAUAUGCUGUUCCCUAACGAAGUAUGCUGUUUUAUUUCCAGCAUUAACCUUGAAUUAAUAUGUUUGUUCGAAAGCGGAAUUUAAGUUUACGCAACGUGUUGAAGCAACUGUCGCAUGAGGGGAAGACUGUUUAACAAGUCCAUUGUGUGCGUCAAUUUCGUUUUAAAUUAACCUGACAAUUUUGCAGCACUUUGGUUGAUGCUUAGAGGCCGAUAUGCAAGCCACCCAUGCUGCACUUAGUGUUUUAAGGAAAGUGUGGGAAAGUGCAUAGCGGCAUAGUUUCGCAAUUUACAAAUGCAUAAAUGUUCUUAUUCUUCCCUUGCCAAAGAUACGAAAAUUAACCCAGGCAUGCAAUUCAUUGAAUGUGUGGAUGGUGUGGUAGGUGAAGUAACCCUUAAAAUUAAGCAUUUGGCUUUUUACCAAUCCAUUGCAGAAGAACGUGCGUGUCACUACAAGCAUCCGAAGUACACUUUCCCCACAAAGGGGCCACACGAGAGAUGCCCUAAAUUGGCCCAGGACCUGGAGUAGGGCAUGGUAGCCAUUAUGGCUAAAACUCCACACACCCAAGCGCAGGUUCACGCCAAAUCAGUUACUUUCACCGAAUCCCCACAACGUAUGCCUGGGAGAGUAAAGCAAGAUGGGGCGGCCUUUGGGCACCGUCCUCGCAGCACUUCAGUGCAUAUUUCUCUCUAUAAACAGACUGGCGCGCUUUUAAUGAAUCGCGGCUUUUAGGGCUGCCCAGUGGCGUGAUAAUCCGUUCCUGUCAAAACUGAGUGUCAGACUCCAAUGGCUUCCUCUUACUGUGACCCUCGUGAUGACUACUCCCUGUUUCUGUGAAAACGUAGUCUGUCGUACACGGAUUUGGCAUUUGCGGCAGUCGCAGCCACGGGCGCGGCCUACCUGACACUGGUAGAUGGAGGUGUGAGUGUCAAAGAUGCAGCGCAAGUCCAUUAUUACUGCAAACUCCGCCGCUCACAUGUCACCGUCUCGGUGUCUACAAUGGGGCAAAGCACACUGUGGACUUAGUCGUUCGCCAUGACCAAAGUGUCAUAUUUAGAUCAUAUCCUGACAACAGUAAUAUCAUACUUAAAUGUCAAGGAUCAUAAAUGCGACCAAGCAGGUAUUGCAUUGCUUAAAGAGUUUUACCGCCACAAUGUUUCACUCUUUUAGGCCAAAGUAUAAGAAGACGCACGCGCAAUGCUAAAAAAACAUCGGAAAAUGGCGAUUAUUGGGCAUUUUAGUUUAAAAUUAAACGUUUUAAUGCAUAGUCGAAAUGCAUGCAAAGUGUACAAUAAAAUACCUGUACGUUAUAAUAUAUAGUGUCUUCAAGAAACGCUCACAACAAAAUCUGUUUUUUCCUUGAAAGUAAAACUUUCGGAAACAAUUCGUUAACAUCCAUUACAAGCAUCUUUAAAAGUUUAAGCAAUUCAAUGAUAUUGGUUCUUAUUUGCCAGCUAACUUUAGCUCCAUUUAGGGGAAAAUCUUCCGCACGAAUAGCUCAAAGUCUGCAUCGUCUAUGCAGUAUAUCUAUGUAUCUGUGCUGAAGUAGUGCAAAACUCGAAAGGAAAGAUGCUAGGAAAACAUUCGCUUCAAUUUCUAAAAAACCAAAGAUCUAGAUGUGCAUACUUACAGGUUGAUCGCUCGUUUUUCGUAAGGGCAGAUGAAUGCGUAAUUUAAGUGAAUCCUUUCUACGAAUCGCAGAUACAAAUCUGCACUUAUUGCAAUCCGGAUUCAGACAAUGCAAAUCGGUCAAUGCUCCUCCUCCUGACACUGAUUCUGCAAGCGGUCCUACUGAGGAUGUCAAACGACAACAGAAACCUGAGAAAAUCACUAAAAACCUGAUAUUAAUGAACUUAUUAUGUAAAGUUCAAUGGCUUUUCGGUUCUCAGGAUACCUACUAUUCAAGCAUUUCCGUUUUAUGUCAUAUUUGGAUAGGCAAAAAAUCCGAGGAGCUCAAAAACGUUUUAAAAUUUUUGAUCAGUUUCGAAAUUUUUACUUACUCUAUAAUGUGACUUGUUUUUAUUCAUUCUGAAUGUCAAUUAAUCGGUAGUUGUGUUUUAUAAAUAGGCAUUUCCAAGCGAUUUAUGGCAUAUAGGGGUAUUUUGUAACUGAACUGCAUGUAAAUGACCGAGGCCGUUUCCGAUAAUAUCGGUCCGCCUUGUCUGAAUUCCAUAUUAAGUAAUUUAUUUAGAAUUGAAGACAAUUGAAAACCGUUUACUAGCAUGGCGUUUGCGUUUUUUGCGCAACGUCGUUCAUAAAGUGGUAGUUAGACCUUUAUCACGCCGCAUAUUAAAUUCAGUAUUUGUUCAGAAAAUCAGACUUUGAGAUAAAAAGCAAGCGAGACAGUGUCGAAUUGGUGCAUCUUUAAAAAGCGAGCAAUUCCUAUGCAGCAAAUCACUUGUGGACGAUAAAGGUGCAUUAUUCUAUCUUACAGUUUCGAAUAAGCUAUAUGAUGAUCGCUGAAUUGACUGCCCAUGGCCCGACAACCGCAAAAAAGAUGGCAACAGUCAUGUUCGACAUACUGUGAAUUGUUUCUUAAAGGAAAGUGAUAAAUGAAGCUGCGUUUGUCAUAAAUGAGGUAGAAAAAUGAUUUGUUAUGCAUCAGGUUAUGUGGCCUACCAAAAUCCUUGGUAAAUAAAUUAAUCUCCCACUCAAAUUUUACAUGAACGAUUUUAGUUUACAGUUUCAGCAAAAACAAUCGGGUUUUUCUAUUUCCGUUUGUCUACCGCCUUUGCCAUCAACAUGCCUAAACACUGUUUCUACUGAAGAAAACAAAUAUUUUGGUCUGCUUUCUGAAAUGCGGAAACAUUCUUUUUUAUUAGUUCAUGAAGGCGAUAUUGUGCAAAACGUGACAGUGGACAUUGACAACGAACAAACAACUCUUCGGUUCAUCGAGAACGCGGAAAGCCAAAACGCUUCAGUAGGUCAUUAUUCUAUCAAUGCUAUGACUAAAACACUCAUUUGAUUUGACCUGAAGCUUAAGGGCGAACACAAAAGCGCACUUGCACUUAUCUUGGACUUUCAGUAGACCUGAUUUGUGUCACCAUGACAACUAGAAAGGUCUCCGUAAUAAAUAAGAAAAACAAGGGAUUAAUCUGUGCCGAAAGAAGUCUUUUUAUAAAAUAGUUUGUUAGUAGGUGCAAAUAAUUUCUUUUUCCCUAUGGAGGCUGACAGCUGCGAAUUAUUUGUAUUCAGCCAUGAAAUGGGAUCAGAAUUUCUGCUUAUUCACGAUAGCAGAGUAAGACCUUUUAGAGCUCAGAGGAAUGACAUACUCUACUAAAAAAGGUCUUCUAGUAAGUGCGAUGGAAUGGUGAGAUUUGCGCACUAUCCGAACCAUUACUGAAACUGUAAAUUUCAACACAUCUGACGGGUAACCAACACAUGAUACAGCAGAUCUUAGGCGGAGUAAUUAACGAACGAUUGCUAACCGCUCGCAAACGAAAACCAGCGAUGAAGGCGAUAUCCAUGUCAAGAAAUAAAGACUUAGAGAGAAUUAAAUACAUGCAGCAAAUGCUAAAAGAGAUGAUAAGUUUUCUAGAAAUGACAAGAGUUUUUUGAAAAAAACGGAAAACCCCUAAAAAAAACAUUUAAAUUGUUUGUACUUCUGGAGACUUCGCUUUCCGAUGGACGAAAACUUUGGCCGUGCAAAACACUAAGCUAAUACGGCAACACAGAUAAAGUGACUCCUGGACAUAGCCCUUUACUGAGGUUUGCACUGAAAUACCCUUAAGUACUUCAUGUAAUUUCAGGUAUUGCAGUUCGCAAACAGACGAAAUUUGAAUAGAAAUUCUAAGCGAUUUUUGGAGAAUUCGUGGUAUUUUCCACGCCUAUGAAUUGGCUGAGGCGAUUAAGUCGAUCAACGACAUUAAAGAGCAAGAGGUGUUACCAGGGCAGAGUUGGCAGGCUAAGUAAAAUUGACAAGUACAGUCGUAAUCAUAUAAUUUUUUGCAUUUAACGAGACCUUUCGUAAAAUCAGUUUGCGCCUUUUGUUGGAUGUGGACAAUGUUGGAUUUCACCUCGGCCAUAAACAUCGCGGUAUAUUUCAGGAUUUUCUGUGUUUAAAGUCGAUUUCCCAAAAAGACAGUUUCCAUGUUAUGAUGUUCUUAAAACCUUAAACGAAGAAUUCCUUUUGAAGGAGUUUACCGAAGAACCUAGUAUUAAGACGCUCUUUUUCAUGUGGAGAGCCAUUCUGGUCACACUUGAAGACUCACCCAAGCAUGAAACCCUGUCGAUUAAAAAAGGACAUCCACUAGAAAGUCGGCAAUUUAUAUCACUUCGCUCACUUAGAAAAUUUCUUCUGAUAGGUGACCUUACAAAAGAGCGCUUUAAUACUGCUUUCCAUUAGCUGAUUUCUGUUUACUUUAUAGUUCUACAUGAUGCAGUCGUGUCUUUCGAUUGCUUGAGAAUACGGAUAUUUUUUACCGAAAGCGUAAUUACAUGCUUUUUUUCUUAUACUGCGUCUAUUUUCCAUAUCUUCGCUCAAUUGCUGGCUGAGUUCUAUGGCCAUGAAUGCCCGCACAGUUGCCCCUUGAGUACGAAUAUUUUGCUAAAGUUGUUAAUUUUCCGCCGCUUUCAUUUGAAAAUUACUAACAUACAGAAGUAAAGCUUCACGCAAAGUUAUAUUUCCAAGUAAUGUCCAAACCUGAAAAUAUGUAUUUGCUGGUAGUAACACUGUUGACGAAAAUAUCAUUUUUUAAAAGACAAAACAAUUUCAGCCCACUCAUGCGUUUCUCUCAUACUUAAGUUCACUCAACCACAUAGAUCUGCUAAUCGGAGCUCAAAAAGUGGAUAAGCCGUCUGGUUCUCUUAAAAUAACAUAUGUGUAAGCAAGUCGAUUCCCAGAGUUAGCAUAGGAAUAAAAUCAAUUAUAAAGUGCGGCAUGCUCUGAUUAACAAUUCUUCCGAGAGAAAAUUAAUUUUCUAUCUAAGAAAAUGCGCUCUAAUCCACCACGAAAGUCUAGGACGGGUAUAAGCAUAGACAAGUAUCUGAACAUGCCGCAACAUCCACUUUUUCUCAAAUUAUCAACCUACUGCUUGAGAAACUUACGCGGACAAAUUUUCUCCUCUAGAAACGGAUGCUUUCUUGAAGUAGCUGAACGACAAACAAAUGCACAAUCCCUAAGACGUCCAAAAAUUUGUACACAAAUUUCUAUCAUCAGGUUUCGUGGAGUGGGCACCUACUCUAAGGCAUUUCGGAUCCCAAAAUCCUCGUGAAAUUCAACGUUCUUGAAAUUUGUAUCGCUAAAUCACAGGUUCAUUUUGAUUUGGAAAUUGCAAAGAUCUCUAUGUAACUUUGGGACAAGAACUUUUACGCAAUUAUAUAGAAUUCAUAAAAUUUUGCAAUGGAUGCGAAGAAUACUAUACACAUCAAGAGGAUCAUUGUUUAACGGAUAUGUGUGGUGCUGUAUGUAUGGAUAUCACACGGUCCCAAAAACCUCAUAAUUAAAAAUUCACUAACAUGAAAAUAUAUUUUUGUUAGUAGAACUUUGAAGACAAUGUGAUUUUCUACCUAAAGCGUAGAAAGUGUCAAACGUAUGUGCACGUUUUCUAUAUAAUACAAUUAAUGUUAGAGGACCACAGACUGUCAAUGUAAAAAACCAUGCUAAGAAAGCAGAUAUUUUUCUGAGUUUGGUUUGCGAAGGAGGUCAAAUAGAAGGGCAUUCAAUCGCCGACAUCCUGAUAUAUCCGAAAUACUAUGGGAUUAUGCCUUAUGAAAGUCAAUAUUACAACCAUAUCUAACCAAUCCUUUCUAAUCAGAAACGCAAUUCAUAAAUUUUGCCGGUAUUUCAUGCGAUUGGUCAUUCAAUGUCAUGCCUCCAAAAAUUAGGUGUGCAAUGUCAAUUUCUGGGUCUUUUGCUGCUAAAUGUCCGAAGGUAAUUUGAUUAUUGAACAACGGUUGUUAGUGCUGCUUGGUAAGCAACUGUAAGCCCGCCUUUCGCGACUUGUUUUCCAAGUGCAUAUAAAAAUUAUGGUCAUCCCAGCGAUACCUUUGUAGCCGUUUCUAGACAAACACAUAUUCUUAAGGUUCUGUGGAAAGAGAGAUCUCACAGCGUCCUUACGUUUAGACAUGCAAUGGAAGACAUUUUUUGGCUAUAUAUGCCGUGUUAAAGUGAGAUGGCAACGUUAGAGGUACCAGUAUUAUGUCCUGCAUCUUCCUGCUCUACCGUUACAUGUUACAUGUGAAUAAUGUCAGUUUUUAAACAAAACCUUAUGUCAGUAAUUGUUAUAGGACAGUUGUACACCGUAUUUUAGAUAGGGGACUUUAAGUCGUAUCAUUUUCUGUUGGCUUUUGCCUCCUGAGGCUUCUUCGCGCGCAUUUGAAAACUAAUCUCCGUUGCGAUAUGGUUAUCUAGCCGCAUCUGAUGGAGACAAUACUGUUGAUCUACUUAAGUAUUUUAAGUUGGUGUGAUUACGUUGGCAUGGUGUUGUUGUGCGUUGCGGUGUGUGUUCUGUCGGCGGCCUUGUUGCUUUGUAGCCGCGUCUACCUUUUUGACUCAAUGCCGAUGGUCGCUCUUGAUUUUCGGUCUGCGUGUCCUCUUAGCAUUCGCGUUGGAAUUUAGGGUUGCCACUAACGCUAGAUUUAGGGCUGGCGUUAGGUUUGCGACUGGCGGUUAGAGGUUAAAGUUAGGAAUUAAGAUUUGAGGAUUAGGACUUAGGGCUGGGCUUGGGGAACAGGGUCAGAAAGUCAGUGCUUAGGGUGAGGGUUUAAGGCAAUUACUUCUCAACCACUUAAAGUAAAAUCGCACAUUUCCGGUAAUUUUACUUAUGCAUACACUUACUACACCUCGUCGCCUGUAGGUCCCAGAGCCCCAGCUGUACAAACAUAUAUUACCACCAGUCAUGUAUUACAGGUGGCUGGGGUUUGGUUGCCUUAGGUGAGGCUAUAUAAUCACGUCCGACACAUUGAAUGUGCGAAAGUUUAAGCCAAUAAUUUUGUACCUGUCGUGGAAAUCUCUAAUUGGCUAGCUUUUCUGAUGGAGUUACAUGUAAUCUUUGGUCUCUUUUUAGGUGGCACCGAAUAAUAAUUUCGUUUAAUGCUAGUUUGCUGGCAUUGCCGUGACAAAUAAACGCUUUGGAUCGAGCAAAAAAUACAAAAUUUCUCAACGGCUAAACAUAUUGGAUUGUGUUUAUGAACAGCUGAAAUUAUUUAGGAGAAUAAACUGCAGUCGGCGAAAUAUAGGCAGGAUAAUUUGAACGUUUACUGGCAUCUGGAAAGGGGCUUCAGUUUCAAUUUAAUGCAUACUGAUAGGCGCUUGAAAACAUUUAAAAAUAAAUAAAUUAAUUGUAAGCACAACGUUUAUGAGUUAUUUCGCCUUGCAACUUUCCGAGUAAAAACUACCAGCAUCCAAAUCUAGUCGCUUUUUGCAGACAUUUUGCAUGUAUAGUUUAUGUACUUUUAUUAGGAACGAGGCGACGUCAGUCUUUUGAUCCUGCCUUUUAGUAAAACGGCUUUGCUCUCACGAUUUUGCAGAAUAAAUGCACGUGAUUAAAGUGUAGCUGAAGUUAGUUUAUUCUUUUUAAAUUUCACUCGUCUCUAAAGCCGCAAUUAGGAAAAGUGCACACAUGAAAACCAGACGCCUGCUCAAUAAAACCAGUCGACGUCAUAGACGCGUUGACUUGGAAGUGGCGCGGUUUCAAGGCUUUUAUUAACAUUCCGCUUUGAUUGUACUAGCCAGCUACGUAGGAGGAAAUUACUGUUGCUAAUUAAGACCCCUUCUCCUGACUGAGACGCAGAUUGGGCUGUAAACCUGUUACAGCCCAGAAGCCGGAUAUUUUGCGCACAUGUUUCAACCUGGAUUGACGCAGCAUGUGACCCAACAUAUGAACCUUAAUAAAGGAACUCAAGCCGACCAAUGGGCGCAAUCGAAAUGUUGCAAAUUUAACUAGUUUUUCUAGACUAUUCCGGAAAAUAUACUCUUUGUAAACAAGAUGUUCAUCCAUUUGAGUUAAAAUCUACUUUUUAUUGCAAUUAGGUAGUUUACCAUUCUAAAAGCUAAGCUAGAAUAGGUACCUUCUUCGAUACAGAACUUGCGCACUUAAAAGCCGAUGUUUUGUCGCAACAAUGUAGGCAAGCAGACUAAUUUUGGCAAAAACGGACAUAUUACCGAUUCUUCGAAGUCCUUCACGCAAAUCUAUGUAAUUUAAUGUCCUAAGUCGCAGUAAUAACGCCUAAUGACGAUCCUUUGUUUAAACGUUUUGAUACUUUCCUACACUUUGCAUAUGCCUGCUUAAUAACCGCGAAAUGAUCUUCCACCAGAUCGCUACGUUCACGUCAAUGCACAUGGUUUAAUAGUUUCUAUAUACAAUAUAUCUGCUAACACAUGAAAUGUCAACCAAAAUUUCGAAAUGCGUUCUCGUUUCGAAAAGAAUAAUUAAGUAGUGUUGUAAAACUAAUCAUGAUGCAGAAUAAAUGUAUAAUGAUCCAGUUACGUCAGGGUGUCGGCUUUCGAAAGAACUUAUUUUCGUUUGCAUACAAGAUCUUUACUUUGCAAAAAAAUGACUACUUAAGUAGCAUGCAAUUUUCUCAUUUAUUUUCGAUGCCCUUGAAAAUUCAAUUAUAUUUAAUGGAAAGCAUGCAUAAAAAUAUUCAUUAUUUUAAUUAUUCGAUAGAAAAUCGCGUCUUCUUCCAAUUUUAGUCUCAAAAGAAGAGUAUAUUUCGGUUUUAAAAAAAAGUUUCUACUUGUUAGAUUUUUUAAUACCGUUAAAUGGCCGUUUAUGAAACGUCAUGUAUCUGCAUUUACGAAUGUGGCUUGUAAAGUUAACAAUAUUGCUCAAAUCCACUGUUUAAUUUUAUGAACCUUAUAUAGACUCCUCUUAACACCGUAGAUAAAUGCAUGGUUUUGUGUACACGGAGAAUAAACAGCUUGUAGUUUUGAAACCCUGAAUGCAAGUGUAACAGCAGGUCAGGUUCAAAAUUAUUCGAGAAUUAGAAAAGUUUUUUAAAACCAAAUUAUACUCUUCUUUUGUGUAUAAAAUUGGAAGAGGACUUGAUGAGAAAAUUGCAUACUAUUUAAGUAGUCAUUUUUUGCAGGGUAUAUAUCUUGCAUGCAGCCGAAAAUAAAUUUCUUCGAAAGCCGACUCCCUGAGGUAACUGGACCAUUAUUGAUAUAUGCUGCAUCGUGAUUAGUUUCACAACACUACUUAAUUUAUCUUUUUGAAACGAGAACGCAUUUCGAAAUUGUAGUUGACAUUUCAUGAGUUAGCACAUCUACUGUACUUUAGUUUCCGCAGAUAUGUCAUUUGAUUUGUUUAACUUAUUCAUUGUAAUUUUGACGCCUUGAUCUAUUUGUUUUUGCUAUUUGCGCGCGAUUAACAACCGUUGGUAAAUUCCAGCAACUAGGAGCUCUGAAAAUUAUUUUCGGUUGAAUUUCGAACCACCCCAUUGCAUCAGGCUUGGUGAACUGAGAAGUUAAUUUGCCUCAAAUAUAAAUAAACUCGGUUGUCAUGCUAAGCCCUCGUAUUUUGCAUAGUUAACUAUACAGCCACGCACAAUCCUCAUGCAUGCUCUCGUGGGUUCCAUCGCCAAUGACGUGGCCGAAGUCUACGCAGUUAGUUCUGGUAAUUCAUAUAAAUGUGGCAAAAAACAUGAUAAAAGCAUAGUUUAGCGAAUGAGAGCUGUUGAAACGUUAUAGGCCUUGUCUUUAACUAAAGGAUAUAUCCUCAAAUAGGAAGAUAAUUAUUUGCAAAACAAAAAAAACAUUUGAAGGAAGUUAUUCUCAUUUGCUUACCACGGGAUGGUUCGUUCAAGCAUUCAGGCUUAUUCGACGCAUUUUGUUAAAAAGGUAUUCUUCCUCUCCCAUUCAAUGUAUUAAUAAAAUUACUUUGGUGACGAAAUGUAAGAUAAUUUUUGUUCGACUGCCAUUUAUUGUUUUAGAUCAUGGAUUCUGCUGAUGCCUAUGUUGUCGUGUAUGCAAUAGAUGAUAGGGAGUCAUUUAUUGCGGCUCAGAAUAUUGUUUCGGAAGUACUCGGAUGUUCAAAGAUGUCCAGCACUAUUGUCUUGGUUGGGAACAAGGCCGAUCUAGUCCGUACACGGGAGGUGUCCAAUGAAGGUAAAAAGUUUUCCUAAACAUUUCAGACACUCAUCGACUGAAAAAAAUUUGGCUACACAUCAGACACAGCCUUACCUAAACGACCGACGAGUGCAUGCUGGUUUUCCUUGCGAAUUUUGAGGAAAAAUUUAAUGUCAGUAGAAUUAAACUGCUAUCUUGCCAAAAAUGCAUUUGCUACCAAAAGCUGGCUAAGGGAAUCUUGAUGCCGUUUUGUCUCAUACAGACUGAAAUUCUCUAUCAGCAAAUUUUUAGCAACUCUAUUGCAAUGAUUCUCUUAUGGUAAUUCCUUCGGAACUUGCGUGCUUAUGGAAAAUAAUCAAUGAUUAGUAAAAGUAGUGGUAAAUAGGGAAGUCAGUGAUUAUUAAGCAAAACACGUCCCUUUUCUUCGCAGUAGGAAUUUAAAGUUUGUGUGAACUUUACACUUAUCUCACUCAAAGAGUGUUUUUAAUAAAUGACAUAAGAUUGGUAAUCAUAGACUACAUUUAUCAGCCUGCGAGCAACUUUUCUGACAACACUACUAAGUCACUUUUCCACUUGUAUACCCUCAACGGUUGUCUAAUGGGAUGUAUGAAGUUGAUCUAGAAAUGUUAGGCUUGCAACUUACAGAAGCACCUAAAUUCAUAUUUCUUACCCCCUAUGCAAUACAAAUUGAAAUUUUGAGUUUGGGUUGUCUAUAUCCCCAAAUGAUUUCAGCCUGAAGCCCAAGCAUGAAAACAUCCGUCAUCCUUUUAUAUCCAGGACAAAUCUACAUAAGGAGAUCCACGGCUUCCCAGUUCCUAUCAGCAAUAAGUUAUAUUCUGGUGUCUACUAUGGCUACAUUAAGAUUUGCAAGUGAUAUCCCUAGUUUGAUCCAUGCACAUCCAAAGAUAUAUAUUUUUAACAGAAAAUGGAUCAAUGCCAGGUUUGCAUCACUAGGCGCAGAGGCUGAAUUUUCAUUCGUCUAUGAUCAUCAUUAUAGCAAAGACCGCGGCUGACUUUGCAUAAAGCAGUGAUGCGUUUGGUAAUUAACGUAGCCUUUCGUUUGCAAAGAGUACCAUCACGCAGUGGGCCGAUCCAAUACUCCUUAAAGUAAGAUAUCGGGUGAAAAUGCAGACUGGGAACCCAAUAAAAUUGGCUGAAUAGUAAAACAGACAUAAGCCCGUGUUAAGGUUUACGACAAGGGUAUGGUUUAUGGCAGAGGUUAUUUACUUUAAGGCGCUGUUGUGUUGAAAUAAAAAACUGGCGGCAUUAAUUUGCCAGAGAAAGGAGUAGAAAGACCUCGCGCUGACUGUUGCGUAAAAGCAAACAAGAUACUUUCAGGUAGUCAUUGGAGUAAAAAUAAGACAAUGUGGUACCUUUUUGCAGCAGUUUCAGAGGGGCAUUAAAUUCACCUACUAUCACCAUUAAAUCAGUAAAAUAAUGUCCCCUUUUAAUUGCUGACAAUAUGAUGGGUCAAUAUUUGUGAUUCACUAAGUCUUUAGAUGCUUAGCUCUUCUGCUCAACAAAAAUGCCCCCAAAAUAGAUAACUUCGGCUAAAAACUAUACUUUUGUGAUGUUUCCUGCUAGAAAGCAUCUGCAAGUGGAAUGCUUUUUGUAUCGUUUUCUGUCAUCAAAAUUGAUUGCAUAUUCCUACCAACUGAUGUGCGUUUAUUCGGUCAUUUUUUGCCCCUGAAUGUGCUCAUUUCUAAAAGCGUUCCUUUUUCGCCUGCAGAGGGAAGGAACCUUGCCAACGUUUAUUCCUGUGGCUUUUACGAGGUCUCAAUAUCUCUCAAUCACAGAGUCAAUGAACUACUUGUCGGACUGGUAAGUGCAAUCAAGUCGGCCAAUCAGAGAGUUCAAGAGGAGAGACAGCGUCUCAGCCGAAUUGCAAGCCUGAAAGCGAACACGAGGAAAUCCCUUGUGCCCACACUCGACAGUGCUUCGGAUAGCAUCAGCGGUUCGAAACGCCGUCACAUUAGCCACAACAUUCGCCGUUUCUUUCAGAAGUACUUUCCAAAUAUUAAGAGCGAAAAAUGA